AUGGAGGAAAUCGAUAUUUUAAAUGAUAAGAAAACCAACUGUGAAGAGAUGGAUUCCGAGAAACAAACUCCUGAUGAUAUCCUCAAAGUUUUGGGAAAGAGCAACCACUUCUUAUUAUCUUGUAUUAUUUUAACGGGUCUAUCAUGGACAGUUCUAUCUAUGACCGGAUUAAAUGCUGCUUUUAUAACUCAAACCUGCACAAACUGUACAACAAUGAUAUCAAUCGUUGAUGAGUGGGGUCUGAGAGAUUCUAAAUCUUACUUGGCUGAUCUAACAACAACGGGUUUUAUGGUUGGAAACAUGGUUGGCGGAGCCCUUGUGGCUCAGUAUGCCGACAAGUAUGGACGCAAACCAGUGUUUCUACUAUGUCUGGCAGGAAUCACAUUUUCUGGCAUUUUGGCAGCAUUUUCUACAAAUAUUGAAACGUUUUUCGUGUGUCGACUUUUCCAAGGAGUUUUCUAUACAGGUGGUGCACUAGUAGGUUGGGUUUUAGGAUAUGAAUGCGCUCCACUGCAAUUACGGUGUUUCACCAACGUUCUAUUUGGAUUAACAUGGGUGUUAGGAUAUUGUAUGGUUGCUCCUCUAGCCUACAUAUCUUCAACUUGGCGAUGGCUUAUUGUGUACACCUCGUUCCCCAAUAUCAUAUUGGCUUUGAUAUGUUAUUUAUAUCUUCCUGAAAGUUUGUACUACUUAGUGUCAGAAGGACGCUCAGCAGAGAUAAAAGAUUGGCUCAGAAGAGCUGAUCCAAAAAACUUUAAUAAUGUUCGUUCAUUAGAACCUGCUCAAAUAGUUCAUACAAAAAUCACACAGGAAAAACCCAGAAGUUUGAUUUCUGAGUUGUUGAAGUACAAAAUAUUCAUUGUGUAUACUUCGGUGCUCAUUUAUUUAUGGAUUUGUGACACAUUCAUAUACUUUGGACUCUCCUUGUAUAGUACUCAUUUGGCUGGCAAUGUUUACGUGAAUUAUCUUCUCAUGGGUCUGGUAGAAGUUCCAGCUUACAUUCUUUCUCCAAUCGCAAUGAAUAAAUACGGUCGCAAGUUUGUUCUUUCGGGCACCCAUAUACUUGCUGCACUGAGCUUUGCUGGAUUGAUUUUCUGUUCAGAAGGAAAUACAGUGACAAUAGCAUUAUGGAUGCUGGGGAAAUUUUCCAUUUCUUGUUCUUUCAUGUCGAUCUACGUGUAUGCUAGCGAAAUCUUCCCUACCAACAUUCGUAAUUUGUCGAUCGGUUUUUGUGAAACUCUUUCUCGUAUUGGUGGAAUUUUGGCGCCUUACGUAACAACUUUGGGGAGAAUCUGGCCCAGUCUACCAAUGGUUGUGCUCGGUUUCAUAUCCUUGUUAGGCGGAUUAUUAGUUUUUAUAAUGCCUGAAACGCUAAACAAGCCACUUCCUUCUACGAUUCAUGAGAUAUCAACCAGAGAUGAGAGAGAUUCAGUGUAA